GCGUCAUUUGUAAGGAAUGCUUUUCUGUCUGUGCUUUACUCAACCGAGAGCACUGGCAAGGCGCACAACAACCGGGCCCAGAAUUACGGCUAUGAAUGCCUUAACCGUUUUCUCAAUGCUCUUCGCAUUUGCAAUCGUUUCUGAAGCAAAUGUUGUUCGGAUUGAAUCAGGAAUGGCACGAGGUGGAACUAAGGGUAGCGCCAAUGUUUACUAUGGCAUACCAUACGCGGGAACUACAAAGCGUUUCUCACUUCCACAACCACUUCUCCCAACUAACGAAACAAACAACUACACUAUGGCAAACCCUAAAUACUGCGCGCAAUUCGAGCUAAAAGAGGGAUUGCCAUUUGAUGUGAACAGCACCGAAGACUGCCUAACUCUGAAUGUACAUACUCCUCAUGAUGCGAACGAAAACUCAUCCCUUCCAGUACUUGUUUAUAUUGGUGGUGACUUCUUUGUCGCAGGAAGCAGUAAUGAUGUCGAUGGCAGCGUUUUAGCAUCAAAUCAAAAAGUGGUUGUCGUCACAUUUAACUAUAGACUUGGCGCGUUUGGAUUCUUGGGCAACAGCAAGAUUAAUAUUUCGCAGAAUCUGGGAGUGGAAGAUGCGAAAGCCGUACUGAAAUGGGUGAAUAGGAAUAUUAAAGGAUUUGGCGGCUCAGCAGGCAUGGUCACCAUCGCCGGUAACUCGAUCGCUGGCGCAACUAUUACGUCAUUACUACUCGCAGACCCAGAUGUUCAGAGUCUGUACAAACGUGUCAUGCUGUGGAGUGGUUCCUGGUACUUGCCUUUCAGCCCCUUGACUCAGGAAAACAUGGCCAUGAGAAUCGAAAUGAUGAAAAACGCGCUCGGAUGCUCUAAUGAUGACGUUAAAGCGUGCCUUGAAAAACAAGAAGCAAGCAAAUUGGCAACGGAAUUAAAGAAUCUAAGUCACCACUUCCCCGCUCUUAUGGUUGGACCUGUUACUGAAGUUGAACUAAAGACGCGCAUCCAGAAUAUGAAUCUGACAGGAAAAGACUUUUUGAUCGGUAUGCAGAAGCAAGAAGCCUCGUUCCUCCAGCACUAUCAACCCUUCCUAGGAACAGUCAUGUCCCUAAACUUCUCAAGCGGUAUCUCGCAGAACGACUUUAAGAGCCUCGUUUACAAGACCAAAAUACUCAAACACGGGACCAACUCCACAUCGAGCGCUUUGAUUUACGAAUACACCAACUGGGAGAAAAGAGACGAACGUAUUGAAACGCUGAAAGGCUUUCUAAAUCUAUUGACUGACGGUCUCUUUAGAAUUCCCGCCCUAAAAAUGGCGGAGGAUUUAGAGAAGAAGAACGUUAGCGUGUAUGUUUUCCAAUUGAAUGAAAAGGAAAAGAUGGAUAUAAUGGGACGAAGUGUACCGGAAUUCGUGGACGUGCCAUACAAGCAGAUUCCUAUGUACUUGUUUGGUGACUCUACAGUAAUGAAUAAUACAGGAAAGGAGGGGUUUAUAUCUGGAUUUCAGAAGCAAAUGGUGGAAUUCGUGAUAACAGGGAAUCCAAAUGAAAAUAAAACCCAUGGGAAAUGGCCAAAAUACAGCAGCGAAAAUCGUCAAGUUUACCAAGCAGCCUUCAUAGAAUCUGGUGUAAGUUCUGACUUUCUUGCUCAAAAGGCAGAUUUCUGGACAAGGUACCUUCCACAAACGGAAGAGAUGCCAACCACACCAGGAGUACCACCGGUCACCAUCAGGGAUAGAUACGACGAGGACGAGCGUAUCGCCCUGAUUUGUCUCACUGUCAUUUUCGGCGUCUUUCUUCUCAUUUGCAUCGUUGCUCUGAUACUGAUGUGCUGUGUAAGGAAACGAUCCGGUAGCAAAUCCAUGGACAGCGUUUACUACGACGAUAAGGGACCGCGCGCCAACGCUGCCUACAACCUUCACUAAAAAAAACAUUACGUAGGCGUACACGUGCUUGUAAUACAUAGGGCUUGAGUACCUCCACCCGAAUCCACUUGACCGUAGAAGGGGGUAAGGCACUGGGGCACGUACCGCUUCCCCCCCAAUAUCUUUUAUUGUUACUUAAAAAUGGCCAGUAGGGGCGUGGCUUUGCCCCCCCCCCAAUGUUUUUUUAAUGUUUCUGUUAAGUGCCCUCUUCAAUAAUUUGAGGCCUGUUAAGGUUUGAUCCAUGUGAAUAAACCUGGGGUCACCAAUAUAUAAAACAUAUUACGGAAUGUAAAAUUGUAAAUUUUGAGCUCACAUGCUUUGCAUAACACAAAGGUAUUGUUUUAUACAAUUCUACUUUACAAAAAAUGCGUUUUAUAGGCAUCUUUUUAAAUAAGUUUUGCUAAAUAAAUAUGGUAUUUGGUAUAAAUAUGGUAUACACAAUUGCAUCGCUUUUGCUUUAAAAACUUUUGAUAAUAUGCAAUUAACAAAAUGCCAACUUAAGUUUUAAAUAAAAAUAUCUUUAUUGUA